CCCAGCUUGUGCUAUCUCGACAUCAUGAGUGAUGCUCUCUGUGGCCCGUCUAAUGCUCUUCAAAACUUCCAGAAGCAUGCCUCCAUUGAUCGGACACUGCAACAGGACAGAUUAGUUUCGCGACAGUCGCAUUCUCAGGUAAGGCUUUCGGUCACAAAAUCCCAACGAAGGUAUCCUGGAUCCCGAGUCACUGCGUUCGAAUCCAAUAUAACAGGAGCGCCGCUUCCCGAUUUACAACACCCAGCCCAUUUCGCUACGCCUCCCCAUUUCGCGGUACAUAACCAAGUAGAGAAGCACAAUUGGGCAGCAGACUUUGAGAGGCUACAGAUUUCCGGCUCUUCGCCUCUAGCUCAUCAACAAGCGGGCCCAGCCUCAGCCUCAGCGUCGAACCUUGCACAGCAUGGCUGGCGAAAUGAUUUUCUAGCCCAGCAGGCGCAACCUAGUCCUACCCAGCAACACCAACCUUUGGCUCAAGGGUUCCAACCUUUCUUUGCGCCUAGCUAUCCUAUACACGGGGCUGCAGUGAGUGCUUUACCGUCAGCACAAGACCUGACAGCUAGCCAGCUACCAUCCACUGAAGCUUUCGAUGAGUCUGCCUUUGAAGCUGCGUUUGAACAAGCCAAGGCGGAUUUAGCGUCACAGACGGCUGAUCACGCACAAAAGCUUACCAAUGAGGCUACUAAUCCGGAUACAACUGCUACUCCUCACGUUGAAGCCAUCAGGAUUGGUUCAGACACCAUACCUCAGACUGAAAAGGAUGACGCUCGAGCACGUUACAAUGACUCCGACGAGCUUGCUCGAACAGCGGGACUGUUACUGGAAAAUGUCAGCCACGAUCAGAGCCAGAAAUUUCGGGAGAGCAACUUUCUUGCUUUGAUGCGCCGUAUCCGAGACCGCGAGGUUCAUAUCGAAGGCGAUGAGUUCCGUGAAACUGUGCAGCCUCUACAUCCUGGUGGCAAGUAUUAUCCUGAAGGGAAAACGCGUAUGCAGCAGGGGCGAAGCCCAUACACGAUGGCAAAGAAUCAUGACAAUAACAGUUCUGUUCAUGGAAAGUCCAUUCCCCCAGAUACCGUACUACCUUCUCUUGGAGCGAAUGAAACAUCCAAGCACACGGCCCAAACAAGCACAAUCAAUGGUCUAGGCACAGAGCAUGAUAACCAAUCUCUUCACGAAAGUUGGAUGUUCGGUGAUCGCUGGGCUUAA